AUGUUAGGGCGCCUCGGUGUUGCUUGUAUUGUCGGUGUCGUUGGGUCUGCCAUUACCUACCUUCUGAUUCCAUUUAUUUCGCCAGCUUUUCGGCGAGUUUGCCUGCCAUUUGUGCCUGCAACGACCGAGCAGCUGUCUGUGGUGGCACAGUUGCUGCAACAUGCUGAGACCCAUGCAGGCAGACGCAUCGGACGUCUUGUUGACAUUGGCAGCGGGGAUGGUCGUGUCGUGCUGUAUUUGCUGUCGGACAAAAAACUGGCGACAUUAACCACGGCCUCCGGUGUAGAGCUAAAUAGACCUCUCGUUUGGUGGUCACGUUUCGCAGCCUGGCGUCAAGGUCACCGCGACAGGGCUACCUUCCACUGUCGGGAUCUGUGGAAGUUUGAUCUCUCGCAGUUCCAAAGUGUUGUGGUCUUUGGUGUUGAUUCCAUGAUGAAGCCAUUGGAGAAGAAGUUAUUAGAGGAGUUGAGUGACCAACCAGUAAUUGUUGCCUGCAGAUUUCCUCUACCCUGUUUGCAAUAUGAAAUGAAACUUGGCAGUGGUUCUGACGCCGCGUACCUUUAUCUACCGCGGCUGCCACGGAAGGAAAUUCACACUGUGUUUUCGUGUCGCACUUAG